AUGGCCGGUGUUAUCUUUGAGGAACGGAUGAUCGACGAUUCGUAUCAUCCUAUCGAGACGAACGAUUUCGUCGACAACGCGGAUACCAUGUCGGAGACGGACAAAUGUGUGAACGACGUUAAAAUGAAAAUGCGAAGUCUGGAGAUUAGCGACUGUAAUCAGAAUCUAAUAGAACCGAGUAACAGCUCGUUCGAGCAAUUAUGCAAGAUGAUAAACGACCUGGAGGGAAACAUUAUCGAGGACGUUCCUGGAUCGAGGCGCUUCGACGCAGCUUCGCUCGAGCCGGAGAAAGAUCAUUGCAAAGAUAAAUGUGGAUCAAUCGGAGCGACUUACGACGAUAUAAUGUCGUUUUUGGCGACGCUCGAAGACGAUGUGAUCUAUAUCGGUAAAAAUUUUGUAUUUCCUUAUAUGCUUCUAUCACGAAACGUAGCGGCGUCAAGUCAAAAUUCUAAGUGCGACGAGAUUGUACGUUUCAAUGUUUAUUUCAUACGAAUAAUCCCUUAUCAUUUCUUUCGAGUCGUGUCAGUAAACUCUCUACAUUGGUGUAUACGUAGGUGCGAUCUUUCGAAAAAUUAUUUCUCGAACGCGUUCAAAGACGACUUAAGUACGGCGCAGCUACAAUUGGAGGAGAAGGAGGCAACAAUCAAGUUGUUGAAGAACGAAUUAAAAAAUGAAAGGGAAGCAGCCUGCGAGAAAUUAAACGUAGAAAAAAAGAAGCACGCCUCGAAGCUCGAGAUGCAAGAAAAGAAAUAUCAAACGAUCGUGAAGAGACAUCAAAAGUUCAUGGAGAAGCUCAUCUCGGAGAAGACAGAUUUAACCGACAAAUGUAAUUCGUUGGCACGAAGUAUCAAGGAAAUCGAAUCGAAGGCGGAAAGGGAUAUGAAAGUUUGUACGGAGAGGCAUCUCGUCGAUUUGCAAAGAGCAAAGGAACAUUUCGCAGCCUCCGAAAAGAUAAGACGAGAGCGAUGGUUGGAGGCGAGAACGUCGAAGAUAAAGGAAAUGACGGUGAAGGGAUUAGAACCCGAAUUGCGAAGCAUGGUCGAACAACAUCAGCUGGAGAUUCAGGAGAUACGAAGCACUCACAUAAAGGAACUUCAAGAUUCAGAGCUACGCGUAAUACGUCGCUCGAACCAGCAGCUAGAACAAUUACGUUUAGAACUUACAGCUAGUCACGAAAAAGUAUUAGCGAGCGAAAAGAAUAUCCUAUGGACCAGGUAUAAGGAGAAGUUAGAGGAACAGGAGGCACAGUUUCGUACGGAAAGAAUGAAAUUCGCGGAGAAUUUAGAACGCGAAAGGAACAGGUUCGACGAGGAACUAGCUAAACGCGACAUGGAGAAAGAUACGAUUAUACGACAAACGUACACCCGGUUACAGAGAGAAUUAGAGGAUGAGAAGCUAAAACACCAAGCUGAAAAGCAGACUCUUCGGGAGAGCCUGCGAAAAGAAUGGACGGAUUGGUUAGAGAAUUACAAGAAGCAACAAAUAAUAAAACUAGAAAAAUCGGAAAACAAAAUAAGAGAGGAGAGCCAGAUAGAACGUGAUAGACAAAUCGAGCUCGCUAUCGGUCGUCUUGAGAAGGAAGCUCGAGAUAUGAAAACGGUAGUUCAGCAAAGCUAUGAAAGUAAAUUAAGGUCUGUGAAAGAGAAAUACGAGAUGGAAUUGCAUAUUGCAACUGAUAAUGAGAAGAUCCAAAAACAAGCAUUACUAUCGAUGGAAAAUAAACUUGCACAAACAGAAAAUAGAUUAAAAACGACGGAAAAUAAACUCGACGAAUGCGUAAAUAAUUUGAGCAAUAAAAAUGUGUUGAUAGAAACUUUAACAGCCGAAAGGGACAAUGCGAAAGGAAUCGCUCGACGAGAAAUUGAAGCAGAAAAAAGAGUUUUAGAGGACAAAAUUGCUUCGUUGUAUCAAGAAUUAACGCAAAACAAUGCCAACAAAGAAAUGUUAAUGUCACAAUUGUACAGCAGGGUUAAAUUGAUAAUAACUCAAAAAGUUUUAACUAUAAAAAAUCUUUCUAAGGAACUCGAAGGAGUCAACGCUAAAUGUGGACAUUUAGAAAAAUUAUUGGAUCAACAACGAAAAGAAUACAUUUUAAAAUCUUUAUAAAUAUGAGGCGUACACUCUGUCUCUGCGAUUUCCGAGUAUAAGCACUGAACACGACAGGCAUCGUUAAUUCACAAAUUCACACACCAUUAAUUCUCAUAGGCGAUGCAUGAGAACCUUAUAAUAACCUUUAUCUAAGAUGCAAGUAAACACGAACAUGUCAGUGGAUUGAAUUUGUUAUGAAAAGAUUUUCCAGCGCCGUUGAAUGUAGAAUUUAUUAUCACGUGCACAGGGCUAUGUCUACAUUAAAGAAAAAUAGAAAAGAAAAGAAAAGCAAAAAAAGAAAAAAAAAAGAAAUUAUACACAUUCGUACAUACAUUUCAGUAUAAGAUCUUUAUCAUUGCUGUAUAACAUUUACAAGCAUGAAAUGUCACUGUUUAUUUCACCACAAUUUUAUAAAUGUAAGAUAAAAAUAUAAUUUAAAACUGAUUUUAAA